AUGGUCGCCAUACCCACUCUCUCUCUCCUGUUGGUCCUGGCAGAGUGGGCAGGUCUGGUGGAAGCGUCCCCCCACCUCCUGCUCCGGCCGAGCCCGCGGGAGCGCGACGCCGGGGCCAUGAUGAACUUCAACAUCGCCGUGAUCCACGCCGGCGCUACCGUGCAGGCGGAGGCGGCGGUGGCGGGGCCCGGGGGCAGGGUGCUCUACCCCGGCUUCGGGCGGGUUUACGGCUCCCUGGGGGAGAGCGUGGUCACCCAGUGGGGCUCUGCUAACGUCAUCUGGCUACAGGAAUCAGGUUCCAUCUUUCUCCAGUUCAGCUCCUCCACGGCGCUGCAGCUGGAGGUCAUCUUCGAGGUGCUGGAGGAGUACGACUGGACCGCCUUCUCCGUGGUGUCCACCCGCCACCACGGCUACCAGGACUUCCUGUCGGUGGUGGAGGGCCUGACGGACGGCUCGUUCAUCGGCUGGGAGAAGAAGAGCGUGGUGAUCCUGAACGUGACCGACGACCCCGGCGGCGCUCGAACCCGCCGCCUGCUGAAGGAGAACGAGGCGCAGGUCCGUCUGCUGUACUGCUCCCAGGAGGAGGCCGAGCUGGUCUUCAAGGCCGCCUGGGCCGCCGGUCAGGCCGGGGCGUCGCACAUGUGGUUCGCCGUGGGCCCGGCCCUCUCGGGUCUGGGCAUGGAGAGCCUGCCGCGGGCCCUGUUCGCCGUGAGGCCGCAGGGCUGGAGGGACGAGCCCCGCCGGAGGAUCGCUCGGGGGGUGUCGGUGCUGACCCACGGGGCCGUGGCCAUGAGGAAGGAGUACGGGACCACGGGCGGGCCCAACUUCGUCACCAACUGCAUGACGGACGCCAACCAGACGCAGAGGCUGAGAGGAAGGAUGAGGUAUUUCAGCAACAUCACGCUCGGCGGCAGAGACUACUCCUUCAACAUCGACGGCUACCUGGCCAACCCCUUCCUGGACGUCAUCUCCUGGACACCUGGACGAGGAUGGGAGGACGUAGGCUGGUGGGAGAACGGCGUGCUGAGGCUCCGCUAUCCCGCCUGGUCGCGCUACGGCCCGUUCCUCAAGCCGCCCGACGACGCCCAGCACCUCCGGGUCGUCACGCUGGAGGAGAGGCCGUUCGUCAUCGUGGAGCUCGCCGACCCGGCGUCCGGAACCUGCAUCCGAGACUCGGUCCCCUGCAGGAGGCCGCUGAACGCCAGGGUUGGGAUGUUCCUCCUGUCCUGUUCUUUAAGUCCUCUUGUGCUCUCCUUCCCAGAACCCUACAGUCCGGCCGUGUGGGUGAUGAUGUUCGUCAUGUGCCUGACCGUGGUCGCUGUGACCGUCUUCAUCUUUGAGUUCUUCAGCCCCGUCGGCUACAACCGCAGUCUGCAGACCGGCAAGAAGGCCGGCGGCUCCACCUUCACCAUCGGGAAGUCCGUGUGGCUGCUGUGGGCCAUCGUCUUCAACAACUCGGUGCCGGUGGAGAACCCGAGGGGAACCACGAGCAAGAUCAUGGUGCUGAUCUGGGCCUUCUUCGCCGUCAUCUUCCUGGCCUCGUACACGGCCAACCUGGCCGCCUUCAUGAUCCAGGAGGAGUACAUCGACACGGUGUCGGGCCUCUCGGACAAGAAGUUUCAGCAUCCCGAGGAGCAGUACCCGCCUCUGAAGUUCGGCACGGUGCCCAACGGGAGCACCGAGAAAAACAUCCGCUCCAACUACCCGGACAUGCACCAGUACAUGGGCAAGUACAACCAGAGAGGGGUGGAGGACGCCAUCCUCAACCUCAAGACCGGGUCAGUCUGCACUCACACGCCGGGUUCACCAGCAGAUAGACUCAGCCAGGAGGUGAUGACCAUAGGCUCGGGGAAGGUUUUUGCCACCACAGGCUACGGUAUCGCCCUGCACAAAAACUCACGCUGGAAACGUCCUCUUGACCUGGCGCUGCUGCAGCUGGUGGGAGAUGAUGAGAUUGAGAUGCUGGAGCGCCUCUGGCUGUCGGGAAUCUGCCACAACGACAAAAUCGAGGUGAUGAGCAGUAAGCUGGACAUCGACAACAUGGCUGGUGUGUUCUACAUGCUGCUGGUGGCCAUGGGCCUCAGCCUGCUGGUGUUCGCCUGGGAGCACCUGGUCUACUGGAAGCUGCGGCACUGCAUGGCCACCAGCUCAGGCAAACUGGACUUUCUCUUGGCGAUCAGCAGGGGCAUGUACAGCUGCUGUAGCUUUGAGGAUGAGACGGCACCAGGUGGAUCUAAAUCUCUGCCUUCGCAUCACCACACCGCGAUGGUGUCGGUGCCGUCACAGCCGCACGUCGUCUCCACGACGAUGACCAACCCAGCCAUCGCCAUGGCGCAACAGCAGCAGCAGCCGCAGCAGCAGCAGCCGCAGCCCGUCUACAAGACGCCUCUGCCGGGCUCUCCUCCCACCGUGGUGCAUUCUGGGACGGCACUGGGUCCCUCCAACACCCCCAUUGCCGGCGCGCCCCUCCCUUGCUCCACCUUCCUGCCCCGGCCUGACCGCCGGCUGGCCGUGGUGGAUCGCUGGAGGCUUCCCAAGUCGGCCACAGCCACCAACCCGAUGGCUGUGCGGGGGGCCAUCACCGACAUGGGACCCUUUGCUCAGAAAGUCCCACCAAACUGGGCUUCGACUGCUGGAGGGGGUGGGGGACUAGACGGCUAUAAGAGAUACUAUGGUCCCAUUGACCCUGAGGGACUGGGGCCCUGCAUGGAGCAGCAGGCAGGGUCCCAGACCCCCAAGACUAUGCCAAGGGGCCACCCCCAGCCCCCUCCAGCCAGUGUGGCCUUCUACUCAGAGAAGGGCAUGGACCACGGGGUGGGGAAGAGGGUGGUGGGAGGUGGCAGCGGAGGUCCGGGGAAGGGGGCUGCUAAACCUCUGGGCACGCCCAGACUGCCUCCUAAGAGCCAGGCCCCUCUGCCCCCUACACCCCCGCUGCCACACCCCUCUCCCCCUCUCCCCUCAUCCUUCUGGAGGAAGCGCCGGCCCAAGAAGCCCAAAGAGCCCGGUGGGCCGCUGUACGAGAACAUCCUGCCGCUGGGCCGGAGGGGGGGAGCGCGAGACGGGGGGGUGAGGGAGGGAGGAGGGAGGAGGGCCCGCCCCCUCUCUCCCCCGCUCUCCCUCCCGGUCCCGGUUCCCCUCAGCCCCUCCUACACCCCGCCGUCCCCCUCCGUGUCCCUGCACUACACGUCCUCGUCCUCGUCCUCGACCACCUCGUCCACGUCCACGUCCUCCUCCGCCUCCUCGUCCCGCUCCACCUCCCCCACCUACUCCUACAGCUCCUCCAGGAGCACGCGGGAUCGGACCGGCGGCAUCGACGGCGAGGACGACGACGACGACGACCAGCUGACGGAGGAGUCCAGCCUCCUGCUGGGCCGGGGGAGGGAGAGGGAGCGCUCGAUCAUCCGGCCUCGGUCCCUCAGCCACGGCCGCCUGCCGCCUCCCAUCCCGCCCAGGAAACCUCGCACCUCCUGGGGAGACCGAGAGAGGGAGCGGGAGCGGGAACGAGGAGGAAGCCAACUGUCGCAGCUCCAGGAGUGGUGGGCGAGCUGGAGCGAGAGGGAGAGGGGCGGACCGGGGGGAGAGUCCGAGAGACAGAAGAGGGAGAAGAAGAGGAGGAAAGAGAAGGAGAAGGAGAAGAAGAAAAAGAAAAAGAACAAAAAGAGGAAAAAGAGGGAGGAGAGGGAAAGGGAGCGCGAGAGGGAGAGGAAGCGCAGGAAGGUGAAGAAGAAGAAGAAGAAGGCGCUGAAGACAAAGAAACGGAAGAAAUCAACUGGAGGGAAACGGUCAGAGCCAGAGGAGGGAGAUGUAGAGGCAGACAGGGAAGGGGAGGCCGAGGGAGACCGGGACGGAGGGAUGCAGGACUACUCCUCGUUUUCGGCCCAGUAUCGAGGCACGUUCGGGGACAAGGGUCGGGAUUCGUGGGAGGGCGAUAGGGAGAGAGGCAGGAGGGAGGGAACAGAGGAGGGCAACGACCGGGAAGAGGAGGACAGCAGCAGGAGCAGGGAGAGGAGACCCAAAUCCUCCCACUCCCACUCCAGACACCGAACGCCCAGCAAGCGCUACCCCAACCUGAACAAGCUCCCCGCUUCCGUCAAGUUCUGGGUGAACGGGAGAGGGGACAACACUCCGCCCACCUCCCUCCAUCCUCUCCUCCCCACCUCCAAGCGGCGGCGGAGCGGAGGGAUGGACCGGGACGACAGCGGCCGACUGGGAGAGCGGCGUCCUCUGCUGAUGCAUUACGAGAAAGAGAAAGCACAGACGAGAGAAGGGCUGUCCUUCCACGAGUGGGACUCCGAGGAUGACGAUGACGACGAUGAGGAGGAGGAGGAGGAGGAGGAGAGGGAUAGGGUGAGGGAGCGGGUGGAGGAGAGGGGCAGGAGGGCAGGUAGAGGGGCAGUAUCAGAGUCAGAGAGGGACAGGGCCAGGGCAGAGGACAGCUACUCGGACGAGGGUUCGUCGGGUGAGUUCGGCCGGUUCGAGCGGUACUGGGAGGGCGGCGAAGGAGGCGGCAGUGGCGGCAUCGGAGGGGGCUGGUUCUUCGGCACCUACCCCUCCAGGGAGAAAGGGGGCAGCAUCAACAGUCGAGAUGAUUCGCUGCUGGGAACUCGGGCGGAGGGCUGGAUCGGUGCUGAUUUCUGGGGAUCGGGGCCGGGCAUCGGUUGGGGGUCCGGGGGUGGGAGCGGAGGCCUGGGCUCGCAGUGGCCGCCGCCCCCGGCAGCCUUCCCUCCGCCCCGCAGAUACUGGUCCAUGGACAAGAUUCCUGUGAAGGGAGAGAAGAAGUGGAAGAGCGGCGGAGGGAAGAGCAAAGGGCGGAGCCGGGAUCGAGGAGACGAAGCAGGACGGGCCACCAUGUGCUCCUGCAGCCUUUACCCCCAGCCCCACCCGUACCCCCACUCCCACAGCCGCUCCCACGCCUCCCACUCCAAGAGAGGAGCCACGGCGCUGUCCCACAGCCAGGAGGAGCUGCUCCCCCACUGCCACAGCUUCAGCGGGGGCUCCCGUCCCAAGCCUCUGCCCUCCAAACCAGAUCAGGCCAAAUCAGGCAGCCAGUCUAACCUCAGCCUCAGCACACAGCCCGCAGACCACCCGCCUCAGCCCUCGCCGUCGCCGCCCCAGCAGCCCUCCAUGUCGCCCACCUCCCUCCCGAUGCCCAUCCCGCCCCCGCCCUCCUCGUCCUCCGUGUCGCCACCAGCAGGGGUCGGGAUGGCGGGUCAGGCGCAGGCUCAGGCCUCCGCCAGCGCCAAGCUCCAGUACCAGAGACUGCGCUCAGUGCCACAGCCACGGAGGUUCUACUCCCCCCACCUGCCUCUCAAAGCCAAGAGCCUGUGCUCACGUCGAGGGUCGGCCCACUUCUCCAGCCUGGAGAGCGAGGUAUGA